CGCCCUUAGCUUCUUAUUAGGCUUACAGAAUUUCCUUUUUGUGAAUAAGUAGACCUAAAAUGACUGGAUUUCACACGUAAAGAGUGUUGUUGCUUCAUACCUUUUAUACCUAGAUGCUAGACCUGUGUGAAACUUUAGAAAUAUCGGUUGAUUAAAUAUAUAGAUCUAAUAAUUUAUUUAGACUUUAUGCGAAAAUGCCUUUUGGCAUUAAACCUAUUUGUAGUUCUUGUAAGAUAACGUCUUCUCCUAUUUGGAGAAAAGGCACAAAAGGUGAAGUGUACUGUAAUUCUUGCGGACUUAAACAGUUGAAUGGUGUUUCUUUAGUUAACAAUUCAAGUUCUAAAUCAGACAGUGCUACAAAUGGUGUAACAAAAGCUAGCAAUGGCUCAUCGGCAGGCUCAGGGUCAAAUAACAAUGUUCCUGUCUUAAGGAAAAGUUUAAGAAUUAAACCUACAAAGAAAACUGCACUGUCUUCUACUAAAAACUUAUCAACCAAAGGAAAAGGACGUCGCAUUUUAUUUAAGAAGAAUCAACCUAUGAAAGCUCCUGCAGCAGUUGCCACUGUAGUCACAGGAGAAAGUGUUUUCCAUAAGGAUCAAUAUUAUCAAAUAGGGGAUGUAGUCUCAUUGGUGGACCAUGAUGGAGGGCUGUACUAUGCUCAACUUCGGGGAUUCCUCUCUGAUCAGUAUAAUGAAAAAAGUGCUGUGAUCACAUGGUUGCUGCCCACUACAAAUUCACCACCAAACAGAUUUGAUCCCAACUCUUUCAUUUUAGGCCCAGAAGAAGACUUACCUCGGAAGUUAGAUUUCAUGGAGUUUGUGUGUCACGCCCCGUCAGACUAUUUCAGAUCUCGAGAUUCUCCAUAUAAAACAUUUGACCCCGAACCUAAACUUUGUUACAUCUGGACCUCUAUAGGCCCUCGCAUCACAACAGUGCCCUCGAUAGAUGAAAUAUUUGGUGUCAGUGAUGUAGGGUCAUUAGACAGUAGUAGUGUCAGACUGAAAGCUGAAAAAGAUAAAUUGAAAGACCGUCCUGGCUAUCGGGAGAAAGACAGAUUAGAGAAACGUGCAAUCAAAGUGGAAUCAGACGAAUAAGUCUGUGACUGCCAUAGGAUACUAUUAAGACAUUUGAUGUGUGUAGGCAUGAUCUACAUCCAUCAAACCAUCGUGUGACUACUGUACAUACCACAUGACAGCUCUAUAUACACUGUGAAUAUAAUAUACAUCACUCCACAAAGAACAAAAUCUAAACCACACUUUUAACCUGUUUUGCUUUGUGAGACUUUUCAUUUGACAUUCAUCAUUGUUAAAUGCAUUGUUACCUUCAAAACUGUAAAUCAGUGAAUGUUAUAUUCUCUCUUACCAGCAAGUGUUCAUCCAGCCACUUGUAAGGUAUGUUUAAAUAUACACUGCUAUGGUGAUCAUGGGACCUAUUUAUUUAGGUUACAUAGGAAAUUUUCUACUACUGUUUUUAAUCAUUAAAAUAUUAUUAUGAUUUUAGAUUUUAUUUUUAUCAGAUCAUCAAUCUCAAUGUGGUCUAAUUGCUGUAUAGGUCAAAGGAAAUAUUUUUAACACUGCAAAGUUUAUUGAAGGAAAAUAAAUAUUGGUUUGCAAACAAAAAUAAAGUUUACAUUUUUAAAAUCA